GACUAGAAUAUACUUGGAUAGUAAAACAACAUUUCUCACAUAGUUAGUAUUACUGUCAAAUAUUGGUCAUAUUUUUUUCUUUGAAACUGACGAAUCAUGAGUAGUCCCUCGAAUGUGGUUCAAAUUAUUAUAAGGCCUAAGAAUGAUUGCGUUGUAUUACAGCUACUACUUACACUGAUGCGACUACCACUAGAGAUAUUUUAAAUAAAAUCUUUAUGAGAAUUUUAAAACAGUAAACUAGGUAGAGAUACAAAAUUAAUUGACCUAAUUUUGGAUCUACAGACGUUUUAAUCAUUUAUUUUCAAAAAAACUUCUAUUAAUACAGUGUGUUGUGUCACCAUGACCAUUAAAAUGAUUUUAUUUUAUCAUUUCAUCCAUAGAAAAUUAAGUAAAAACUAAACUUAACUUAAUAUAACUGUACAAAUAAGUGUUCUCAGACAAGAUGCCCACGGGGACUUUACUAUAUAAUUACUUGUAUUAAAUUAUUAAUUUUAAGUUUGCUAAUCCUGCCGGUCAGCCAAUAUUUUCCCGCCAGGUUGUGUAACUUUGCCAAUGGCGCCAUCUUGCGGAUUACAUCGUGAAUGACGCUUUAUGCGAGCGACUCCCCUACGUCAUAAGUAUGCGCCAGUCUCUCUAAUCUCGACAACGUGAAGAAAACAUGGGAGUCCGUUUUCCUUCUGACAGGUAGUUUCUUCUUUCUGAGGUCCUCGCGUCACUUAAACCGACGUUAGAGAGUCAGAGUGUCAUUUUCAAGCUUACUGGGAGCCGCAGAGCGCGAGGCCGUUCAAAAGUCACGUGAACCGGGCUUUUUUGCGGCUGUUUUGCUAGCAGCAUGGACAACUCCGAGGAAAGUGCCAUUGAGCUCCACGGAGAUGAGGAAAUUAUUGAAGUCAUCGACCUGAACGACACGGAGCCUGGCCCAGAUGAUUUGGCUGAUGACUUGGAGGACGUCGACUUCGAUGACGCUGGAAACGCAGGUGAUGACAAUGACGGCUGGGAGACUGAGGACGAGAUGGAGGCUGAGGCAGAGCAGGACGACAGCGAUCUCACCUUCAACAAACACACCGGCUCGGUGUUCUGUGUGAGUUUGGACCCAGCGACCAACAGCUUGGCUGUGAGCGGAGGGGAGGAUGAUAAGGCCUAUGUUUGGAGGGUGAGCGAUGGGGAAGUUCUGCUGGAGUGCACAGGUCACAAGGACUCAGUGACGUGUGCCAUGUUCAGCCAUGACUCCUCCCUGGUGGCAUCCGGAGACAUGAGCGGCUUGAUUAAAGUCUGGAAAGUAGAAACUAAAGAGGAGUGUGUUGUGAGUGGUGAGUGUGAGAGAGUGUGAUGGUUGGAGUGGCAUCCCUGUGCUCCAGUGCUGCUAGCGGGAACGAAUGAUGGCAACAUGUGGAUGUGGAAGAUCCCCGCAGGAGACUGUAAAACCUUCCAGAGUUCGGCCUGUCAGGCCACCAGCGGCAAAGUCCUCCCCGAUGGUAAACGAGCUGUGGUGGGUUAUGAGGAUGGAACAGUACGCGUGUGGGACUUGAAGCAGGGAAAUGCUAUCCACGUCAUUAAAGGUCAGGAUGGACACCAGGGGGCGCUAACCUGCCUGGCUUGCAAUAAGGACGGCUCUCUGAUGCUGACAGGUUCAGUGGACGGCUGUGCAAAGCUCAUCAACAUCACCACGGGAAAGGUGGUCGGCGCGUUCUCUGUGGAGGGAGGCAAAGGAAAAGGCUCCAAAGAUGAAGAGGAAUCGAACUCUGUGGAAUCUGUGGGAUUCUGCAACAUCCUGCCGCUCAUCGCUGUCGCGUACUUGGACGGGACUCUGGCCAUAUAUGAUCUCUCCACGCAAGCCCUGAGGCACAGAUGCCGUCACGAGGCUGGCAUCGUUCACCUGCAGUGGGAACAGUCUUCUUCUGUGGUGUCCACCUGCAGUUUAGACGGCGCGCUGCGCUUAUGGGACGCUCGUUCAGGCAACAUGGUGGCUGAGUACAAGGGCCACACCGCAGAGAUCCUGGACUUCACCAUGAACAGGGAAGCCACUCUUGCUGUAACCGCUUCAGGAGACAACCAGGUGAAAGUCUUCUGCCUCCAAAGACCCGAUCGGUAAAAGCCGAGACAAAAGACAAAUCAAAGAGAAGAGAGAAUAUUUUAGGAGAUGAGACUUUGUUCCCGUUCACUUUUAUCCUCAGGAUGUUAAAAUGCUCUCGUGUGCUCCUGAAUGAUUCUAAUCUGGUUUUUGUUGUAGGACCGUAGCAACCAAAAGAUUAUUGUUACUUUUUUGUUCUUUUGUCCUCAUAGCACUUGAUGUUUGCUUCAUGGGCAGAUGUUUAAGCCUCUUCAAGUAACUCUGAGAUUCUUUAAAACACAAUGUUUCUCACUAUUUUUGUCCCAGAACACUUGUCAGUGAUAAGAAAGUCAAAGCGUUGAUGCAUCAUAGUGUCCUGACAGCCGCUGUUAUGUUCUGUCCUCCAAAUGAAUUUAGAGAUCAAACGAUACAGAAAAGAGGAUGAUGUGUGUGGUCUCAGCUCUCAAACAGAUUUUUUUUCUUUAAUGUAAACUGAACUGUAAAUACAAAAAAUAAAUAAUAUACUUUCUUCUUGGUAA